AUGCCGCUCCUCUCCAAUGUGCCGGCUUUACGAUUGACUCUGGCAUAUGCCCUCCACGAUCCAUCAUGCCUCCUCCCGCAUGCAACCAUUCCAACGCUUCUCUCAUUACCGCUCCCAGUCGGAAAUGCUCUUCCUGCAAUAGAUAAGAGCGGCCGUAAGCCAACUGUCCGGGCGUUGGUCCUGGACAAGGACAAUACUCUCUGCCCACCCGAGACCGCCAAAAUGCAUAUAUCAUAUAUUCAAAAACUCGAGAAAAUUAGAGAAAGCCCAGAGUUCUCUCACAACCCAAAGAGCAUUCUCAUUGUUUCAAAUACCGCCGGCAGCACAUCAUCGCCUGCUCACGAGGCUGAAGCAAAGCAGCUAGAAGCGGAACUUGGUCUGCCGGUUCUACGACAAGCUCCGGGUCGCAAGAAGCCACUUUGCGGCCCCGAUGUGCUGGCUUAUUUUAAGGAGCAUGGAGUCACUGAUGACCCGAGGGAGAUAGUCUUCGUUGGAGACAGACUAGCUACGGACGUGUUAGUCGCACGUGAGGUGGGCAGCUGGAGUAUCUGGUGCAAAGAUGGAUGGCGCAAUCCAGAGUUUCCUGGCCGAGACUUUAGAGGCUUCUUCAGCAAGAUGGAGAAUAGAUUUGAAUGGAUAAUGAGGAGUAGUCUGAAGAAGACAGCCCCGUUACCCAAGAGCUAUUCACUUCCUUGA